AUCCAGUCCAGAUGUGUUUGAAACCCGUAUGGAAAAAAGAAAUGAAGUGCAAAAGCAGCCUGUGGGAUAUUCCAAUCAAGGGGAAUUUAUCAGAUGCAUGGAGGAAAAGGCAGAAGGCUUGGGCACAAAGACAUCAAAAGGAGGUUUCACAAAAGAUAAGACCCUUGAUUCGAUUCUUAAUGUUGAGAUGGUGAAAGAAAAAUCAGCAGAGGAGAUAAAACAGAUUUGGAAUCAGUAUUUUUCUGCAAAAGAUACGGUUUAUGCUGUUAUUCCUGCGGAGAAGUUUGAUUUAAUAUGGAAGAGAGCUCAGAAAUGUCCAUCGUUUCUGUAUGCUUUGCCAAGAAAAGAAGGCUAUGAGUUCUUUGUGGGGCAGUGGUCAGGAACAGAAUUGCACUUCACUUCCCUAAUAAACAUUCAGACCCAAGGUGAAACUGCUCCUAGCCAGUUAGUCUUAUACCAUUAUCCUGAGCUGCAGAAGGAAAAAGGGAUAGUACUAAUGACAGCAGAAAUGGACUCAAAGUUCUUGGUGGUUCAUGAAGCACAGUGCUUGGCGAAUCAGGUGCAGCUUUUCUAUGCAACGGAUCGUUCUGAGACCUACAAAUUAGUGGAGACAUUCAACCACAGAUCUAGCGAAUUUAAAUAUAUGUCAGUUAUAGCAGAGCUUGAGCAAAGCGGACUUGGACGAGAACUGAGACCUGGUCAGGUUUCUGACAAGUAGUAGAUGCUGACCUGUGGGUGAAGCAAACCAGCAGCAGGCACGGGGUUUCCUAGAUGGGGUGGUCCUGUCUCUUUUGUUUUACGAAUUUGAUUUGGCUACAGAAAGGAUCUGGAGACGUCCUGGGAGUGUGAUAGUCAAGCCUGUCUGGCACUGAUGCAAGGUGAGGACUUGAGCCAUUUGAACAACAAUAACUAAUUGCGAAAAAGGAGCCUUGUACUUCAGUGUAACUUCGUCAGAAUGAGCUAUUUUCCCAUCCUGUAACUUAACUGCUGCAUGCUGUAUUUUUGAAAUCCGAAAUAAAAUGACAGAAGGGGA